AGCAAGAAAGAAGGAAAGAAAGGAGAUGUAUAAAUAGCAGGCGCGAACGAAGACGAAGGCAUACACAAACCCCAUCUCCCACACGUCGGCUAGCUGGUGAGACGAAGGCGAAGGACGAUCGAGCAGGAAGGAAGCAAACAAGGAUCGAUGGCGCCAAGGAAGAUGGACUCUGUGGUGCCGCCGCUCUCCGAGUUCCCCAGCCCCACCGCCGCCCGCACCAGGAUGGCCGUGCCGGCGUACGAGAUCAUGUUCGGCAAGCUCCAGCUUCGCAGCCUGUUCGACGACUACUUCCAUCAGCCAGGCAGCGUCAACGCCGGCAUCAUAUUGAAGACGCCGGAGGAUCCUACUGUUCAACUCAGCGCCGCCAUGUCUCCAGCUGGUGGGGAGGCCAUGUUUCGGUGGCAGAGGGAUCUGGAUAAUCCCAACACAUAUGUGGACCUGCUCGCGUCAACCGCAAAACCUAUGUUGCAGGUGAAAUCAUGUGCUUACUAUCCAAAGUAUGGCAUUGGCGCUUUCGGAACAUUCCCUUUGCUUAUGGCAAACAGGGGGCAGGGUAAAGAAGAUUACGGUGUCAUGUGUGUAAGAUAUGGUUCAAAGAAUCUGUCGGUUGGAGCGUCCUUCCUGCCAUUUGCUGUAUCUGGUGAGGUACCCUAUGGUGCAUGGCUGGUUACGAGGAAAGGAAGAUUAAGUGCAGGGGUACAGUACAAGCCACUUGCAGGUCCAGCAGGUGAAAGCGAGAACACUGCACCUUUCAAUGACUUGAAAAACUGGAAUUGCGCAAUCAGUUAUGGCACAGGGUCAACUAGCCUACUCAGCCCUUCAUACAUUUUUGCUCUAGAGCUUCUUCGAAGAACACAGCUGGUUGCAUCAUUCUAUAGGCGCCAUGUUAUCGACACAAAGGAAAUAAAAAAAGGUGUUCCCUUUUUUGGAACCAAAGGCUACGUUGAUUUUGGGCUUGAGUUGAACAGAAGCUUGGAGAAAGACAAGCCAGCAGAAAACAAGGCGGACGAUUCCUUGUUUCAGGUAGCUGCCAGUUGGCAGCCUAAUUCAAGUUUAUUAGUAAAGGGGAAGGUGGGUUCCUCCAAGUCGUCUGCUGCUUUGGUGUGCAAUUCUUGGUGGAAACCCUUCUUAACAUUUAGCGCCACAGUCGAAAAUGAUCACCAGCAAGGCACUAGAUCAUACGGAGUUGGAUUCCGUGUCGAGGAUAUAUGAUCAGAAGCCAGUUACCAAGUAGCUGAUUCGGUUUAAACGAGGACUUUGCACCAGAUCUUGUGAGAGAGAAUGGGAAGAACCGCAUAUGUGCAUUGUCACAUUUACCAGCAGGGCUCAGAGCCUACACAUAGGAUGUUUAUUUUGUGGUACCUCGGAUUUCGUAAAAGUUACUUGUCAAUAGAAAAUUUUAUUAAUUAUUAUGCUUCAUGUAUUAUUUUGCAUUUAGUUAACUCCGGGAGAUGAUGAUAUUA